AUGAGGAAGGAGAGCUGCACCAAAGGCCCAGACACAACAACACGAGACCAUUCACCACCACGCCUUCCAUUCACGCGACACUUACAGACGACCAAGCUUCCACGUCGCGCGUUCCGGGAUUUUCAAGCACCAAGCACCUCCGCGACUCCGUGCGACACCAGCACAUCCGCAAGCAUGGUGAACAAGAUCCUCUUCUGGAGUGGCUUCGGCCUCGCCGUCAGAUUCUGGCAACUCGGCAUCGAAAUGCGCCCCUUCUUCCAGCGCGAGAACUGGCUUAUCUACCCAAUUUACGGCGGUCUCGGAGCAUCCUUCGGCUACUGGCUGCAAGGCGUGGAAGACAGACAGAUGCGGUACCUGUCAGAAACCAGACAACGACUGAUUGAGAAGAGGAAGAGGCGAGCACAGAGGGAGGGCGCGCCAGAUGUUGGCACGUUCCAGCAGAGGGAGCAGGAGGGUCUUCAUGCGAGCCCACGAUUUGUGGUGGAGAGGGAUGCGCUUGCACUGCCGGCGGAGGGUGUUAAGGAGAGGACUGCGGCAGAUCAGUGA